GAUGCUUGCUAUUGCUAAUCUCGGCGCUACUACACUUGAAUUUGCAAAAACAACGAAUGUCAGCUGUGGAUGAUAUUUUUUUGCGAUUUAACUUGACCAUCUUGGCGUGUUAAAUGGCAAAAAGGACUUAACUCUAGAUAAAGGAAAAUAUGAUUACAAAUUAUCAAGAGAAAAAAAUUCGGGUUUUUUUUAAUUAUUCUCGAGUAAUUUUACGAGACCGAUACGCCUUCAAUAAUUAACGAAUCGAAUAUUUAUUUUUCUUAUGUUUUAUAAUACAAAGUCAUUUUGAGAAAAUCAUUUAUUCCGCAAUACCGUAUAGAGAUAUACUUGUUGUAAAAAAUUAUCUCUGCAGAAACGGUCCAGUAAAUUAUGCUUUGACUUUUGGUAUUUCCCACAAAAGAUAGGCAAGUUCGAUAAAAUUAAAUAUGGACUACUACAUUGUUGAAUAUAAUAAGCACUGUUCUACACGCGACUCUUUUUUUUACUUUUGGCAUUCCCCGCAAUUAAUAAAAACGAUAGGCUCGUUCGAUCUAAAAAAAUUUGGGUCACAUAGUAGAAUAUAAGCGUCGUUCUGCAUACGUGUCUUCAUCAGUUUGUGCUUAACCUUCUCAAUAACAGGAUCGUCGAAUACUUGUUUGUUAACUUUAACAGUCGUAAAAUGUUCAAACAAACGAUUUGCUUAGUGCUUUGCGUGCUUCUGGUGGCGAUGAUCGCGAACACCGAAGCAGAGGGUGAGCCCACUCGAUGCGCUUGUAAAGUUACCAGAAUAAGAAAUCCCGUUUGCGGCUCCGACAACAAAACCUACGACAAUUUGAGCAAGCUUACGUGCAAGAAUAAGUGUGAAGGAACAAAACUUACGGUGAAACACGAUGGCCAGUGCUCUUGAUGAGAUGCGAGCUAGGAUUGAACUAUCGUGGGGAUAAUGAUUUAUAUGAUUCUAUUAGAUAAGCUGCAGCUUCAAUAUUGAUGGUUUAAUAAAAUUAGCAAAUAUGAAUAAUUACAGCGCAAUAAUGGACUAUUUAUACCACUGAUAGACGUCAUAAAGUUAUAUUUGAUGUACUAAUAAAAAUAAUUUUGUUAUUCAAAUAAAAUAUAUAGACUUUUA